GCAAAUGAUACAUGCAGUGUCAGCUGAGUCGUUGUGAAGAGGCCAACGAGCCCGAUUGGACCUUUUACUACAAAAAUAGGCUAAAAACAUAAACGAAAAUCUUAAAACGAUAAUAAAUUGUUCCAAAUAAACAAAAAAAUGCCUAGCAUUUAGUUUUGUUUACACAAUAAUUAGAAAUCAACGAUUGAUAAAAACUUGAAGUGCUAAUCAAUAAGUUUGCAUAUUAAAUUUCAUUAAUAUGUCCCUAUUAACAACCGAGAAUACUGCACUCCUGAGCAAUGACAACUCAAAAUCCAACGGUUAUUACAACGGACAUUUCACACAGCAACCAAAGCAACAAAAUGGGUAUUCUCACUACAUCGACGUUUUGGAUAAACCUUUAUAUAAUGCUUAUACACCAGUACUUGCGGAACUAGAUUUUUCCGCUGGACUCUCAUUGCAAGAACUAUUACCUUUCGUUGACGAUCCAUGGUGGCAAAAAUUGAGACGCACACUCUUCGGCACAUGUGUGUUGGUAUUUUGGUUGAUUUUGUUCACCGCCUGCACGCUGGCCUAUAUGCAGCAUGACCAACAGUGCAGCACUAUAAUCGAUGUGGUGCCAAUUACAACAACAACUGCAGCUAGGGCACUUCAAAAAAAUUAAAUUAAUCCAUAUCUCUGGGAAUGAAAAA